AUGCGUUUGUUUGCGCUGCUCCCCGUCCUCUUAGGACUACUAUCCUUUGUCUCAGCAACUGACAAUGGCAAAACCACCGAUGUAACCUGGGACAAGUACAGUCUCUCCGUCAAAGGCGAGCGAGUAUUUGUCUUUUCAGGAGAAUUCCACUACCAACGUCUUCCUGUGCCAGAACUAUGGUUGGACGUAUUUCAAAAACUUCGAUCGAAUGGGUUCAACGCCGUCUCCAUUUACUUCUUUUGGAGUUACCACUCUGCCUCAAAAGAUACAUUUGACUUUGAAACCGGUGCCCACGACAUUCAGCGUCUCUUCGACUACGCCAAACAGGCCGGCCUGUAUGUCAUCGCCCGUGCAGGCCCUUAUUGCAAUGCCGAAACCUCUGCCGGCGGGUUCGCGCUUUGGGCCUCAAAUGGUCAAAUGGGCAGCACUCGUACAAGCGCAAGCUCUUACUAUGAAAGAUGGUACCCCUGGAUCCAAAAGGUCGGCAAGAUCAUCGCAGCGAAUCAAAUCACCAAUGGUGGACCUGUCAUCCUUAAUCAACAUGAGAAUGAGUUGCAGGAAACAACCCAUAGCGCUGACAACACUGUCGUCAAGUAUAUGGAGCAGAUCAAGGCCGCGUUUAAUGAAGCCGGGAUCCUUGUUCCGAGCACUCACAAUGAAAAGGGCAUGCGCUCCAUGAGCUGGUCAACAGACUAUCAGGAUGUGGGCGGUGCAGUCAACGUCUACGGACUGGAUUCCUACCCUGGCGGUUUGUCAUGCACAAACCCGAACACCGGGUUCAAUCUCGUUCGUACAUAUUACCAGUGGUUCCAAAACUACUCGAGUUCUCAGCCUGAGUACUUGCCGGAGUUUGAGGGUGGUUGGUUCUCUGCCUGGGGCGGGAAUUUCUAUGACACCUGCUCGACGGAGCUUUCACCUGAGUUCGCCGAUGUCUACUACAAGAACAAUAUUGGCUCAAGGGUCACAUUGCAGAAUAUCUAUAUGGUCAUGGGGGCUACCUCUUGGGGACAGAGUGCUGCUCCUGUUGUUUAUACUUCGUACGAUUACUCGGCUCCCAUGCGAGAGACCCGUGAAAUUCGGGACAAGUUGAAGCAGACCAAACUUAUUGGCUUGUUCACUCGUGUCUCAUCGGAUCUUUUGAAGACCCAGAUGGAAGGCAAUGGGACAAGUUACACCAGUGAUGCUGGUAUCUAUACCUGGGCCCUGCGCAAUCCCGAUAGCCAGGCGGGCUUCUAUGUCCUUGCGCACUCCACCAGUUCGUCUCGUGAUGUGACUAGCUUUUCGCUGAAUGCCAACACCUCAGCUGGGGCAAUUGCCAUCCCUGACAUUGAACUCGCCGGCCGCCAGAGCAAGAUUAUCGUGACAGAUUAUCAAAUCGGCAAAGAAUCAAGUCUUCUCUAUUCAUCCGCCGAAGUUCUAACUUUUGCCAAGCUUGACUUGGAUGUCAUUGCCUUCUAUCUGAACAUUGGACAGAAGGGGGUGUUCGUCUUCAAGGAUGCUCCGACCAAGCUUACAUUCCAGACAUACGGCAACUCCAAAGUGAGCUCCGUUUCUUCGGAUCAUGGGACCAAGUACACCUAUACCCAAGGAGAAGGAACGACAGUGCUCAAGUUCUCGAACGGCGUGCUAGUUUAUCUUCUCGACAAGGAAACAGCGUGGAACUUCUUCGCAAUCCCGACAACUUCUAAUCCAAGUGUGGAUCCAAGUAAGCAGAUCAUCGCUCUGGGGCCGUAUCUUGUCCGAACGGCAACUGUCAGUGGACACACUGUCAGUCUUGUUGGUGAUAACGCAAAUAAAACUUCCCUUGAGGUUUACACGGGCAAUUCAAAGGUGACCAAGAUCAAAUGGAAUGGCAAGGAGAUCACAACCAAGAAAACCGCCUACGGCAGUUUGAUCGGAACAGCCCCAGGAGCUCAAGACGCUAAGAUAUCGCUCCCAACGCUGAAAUCCUGGAAGGCCCAAGACACACUCCCGGAGAUCCAGCCAGGAUACGACGAUUCUCGCUGGACAGUCUGCAAUAAGACAACGUCUGCCAACUCCGUGGAGCCUCUUACCCUCCCAGUGCUGUACUCCGGAGACUACGGCUACCACGCGGGGACGAGGAUCUAUCGUGGACGAUUCAACGGCAGCGCAAGCGGUGCUAACCUUACAGUUCAGAAUGGUGUUGCUGCCGGUUGGGCAGCCUGGCUGAAUGGGGUGUACGUCGGCGGAGCCGUCGGCGACCCAGAUCUAGCAGCCACCUCCGCCGAGCUCUCGUUCAACAGCACCCUGGAGACUGAAAACGUGCUCACCGUCGUCAUGGACUAUACAGGCCACGACCAAGCAAAUGUGAAGCCAAACGGCGCACAGAACCCUCGCGGUAUCCUGGGCGCGACACUGCUGGGUGGGAAUUUUACCUCCUGGCGCAUCCAAGGAAACGCGGGCGGCGAAGCAAACAUCGAUCCGGUGCGCGGUCCUAUGAACGAAGGCGGAUUGCACGGUGAACGACUUGGCUGGCACCUACCCGGGUACAAGACGUCGAAAACCGCCACAUCGAACAGCCCACUGGAUGGGGUGACUGGGGCAGCAGGGCGAUUCUACACGACGACAUUCAAGCUCAAUCUUGAUUCCGACCUCGACGUUCCGAUUGGUCUGCAGUUGGACGCACUGGAUUCGCCGGCGGUGGUCCAGAUUUUCAUGAACGGGUACCAGUUCGGACAUUAUUUGCCGCACAUUGGACCGCAGACAAGGUUCCCCUUCCCACCUGGAGUGAUCAACAAUCGGGGGGGAAAUACACUUGCAAUUAGUUUGUGGGCCUUGACAGACGCGGGGGCUCGAUUGAGUCGCGUGGAGUUGGUUGCUUAUGGUGCAUAUCGGACUGGAUUUGACUUCAAUCACGAUUGGUCUUAUUUGCAGCCACGAUGGAAGGACAGGGGGGAGUAUGUUUAG